UAUCAUCAACGCGUGACGUAUCAUCAACGCGUGACGUCACGACGCACGUGCCCCUGCGCGUUGCGUGAUGUCGUAACCGCGGGGGAAACAUCGGCGGCGUCACCACAAUGGCGGAAAGCGACGCCCAGGGCGAUUGGUUGACGGAGCUCGAGGACUUGCUCUCGGGUGGAGCAGGUGUGGAUGUGGAGACGUUGAAAAGCCUCCUGCACGGACACCCAGUACCCGCACAUCUCCGUGCCCGUAUCUGGCAGGCAUGCCUGGGUGUGCGUGGACCGGCAGAUGCACUGGCCUCGUGGGAUGGGGUAUAUGAUCUGCCUGAGCAGGAGACCCUUCAUGCCGACUGUGAGAGACUUAUUGCCUCGUUACCCGACGAACAGGACAAGGGCUCGCUCUUGAGCCUGGCAGAGGAUGUGCUCACGUUCUGCGUCAAGUCGCGCGGUGUGCGCUACGAGGCGGGAUCCGGUCUCGUGCACCUCCUUGGGCCGCUGCUCACACUCAACAUGACGCGUGCGCACACAUACGGCUGCCUGUAUGCGCUGCACACGAAGUACACCCCCAGGGAUGGCCUACAGGCUGUGCACGCACUGCGGUUGCUGCUCCAGUACCAUGAGCCACGGCUCUGCUCCUUUCUGGAGACAAAGAAGAUUUCACCCGAUGCCUUCGCACGCACAUGGCUGGACAGCUUGUUUGCCAGCAUCUUCACGGUGCCUGUUGCUAUAACGAUGUGGGACAUGAUCCUGCAGCUCAACGACCCCUUCCUCGUGUUCUUCCUCAUUCUCGUCAUUCUCGUCAAUGCCAAGGACUCUGACAGCUCUGAUGUCAGCAGGAUAACAAGGAGAUAUUUGUUUUGCAGGGAGAGUGUUCUAGCUCUUCAGGAUGGAAGCCGAGAAGAUAUUUUAGCACUACUCCAACAGGCUCCGUGUGGCUUGCAGGAGGAUGAUAUUGAGGACUUCUGCUCCCUGGCUCAGUACUACAUUUCACGCACACCCAUCUCCUUCCGCAAGGAAUUCCAGGCUGUGUUUGGUGGAUCGCUGGUAGCGGUGAGGGCUGCAGUAGGAGGAGGAGCCUCGCAGACCCUGUGCCUCCCAGUGAGCGCCUCCGAAAUCCUCAACUCCAGCGCGCACACCAAUGGGGAGGGUGUACGGUUCUUUGUGGUUGACUGCCGACCUGCUGAGCAGUAUAAUGCAGCACACUUGUCCACCGCCUUCCACCUCGACCCACACUUGAUGCUGCAGAACCCGUCCGAAUUCGCCGUGUCCGUGCGGGCGCUGCUGGAGGCCCAGGCGGUCGCCAUGGCAACAGGCUCGGUCGCUGGGGGCGAGCACUUGUGUUUCAUGGGGUCCGGUAACCAUGGAGACGACGACGAGAUGUACCUGCACAUGGUGCUUGCUCACUUCCUCCAGAAACACAAGGAGUAUGUCAGCAUAGCACGUGGAGGAUUCAGGGCCGUGCAGCAGUAUCUGGCGGACGUGCAGGUGGAUGCGGAUGAGAACCCCUACCAGGAGUGGAUAACCAGCACGGGGCCUUCCAACCAGCAUCUCUCCACGGAUGCAGGAGAGGCACCAGGGGUUUUGUCUCUGGUCACAAAGAUGACGUCGGCGCUGCGCAGCAAGUCAGCCCAGGUGAGGGAGCGCGUCGUGGGUCUCAUGGAGAACUCCGGCUCCCCGGGGGACAGGCCAGGGUAUGGCCGGCCGUACCGUGGAGUCAAACCCGUGUUCAGCAUCGCCGACGAGGAGGAGUGUGAGAGUGACGAGAUGGAGGAUGGGGUGGUGUCGGACGAUGAGCGGAGGGAGGUCGUGAGUCUGCAGACCUGGCUGUCCAAGCCGGAUGUCAAGCACCACUUCCCCUGCACCGAGAUCCGUGACAACGGACGCACAUACGCAUGUCAUCUGCUGGUGACGGCCACGCACCUGUACGGCCUUCGAGAGUUGGGGAGCCGGGGCGGUGGCGGGGCCGAUGGCGCGUGCAUCGUGUCGCGCCGCGCCCUGAGCUCCGUGCUCAAGAUCACGUCCAAGAAGAGGCGGCCUGAGCUCAUCACCUUCAAGUUCGGCGUCGCCGAUGGCAACAACCUCACGCUGCACGCCACCGACAGGUACCUUAUCCCUAAUGCCGGCGAAGCCACCAAACUCGUGAAGCAACAGAUAAUGAGGGUCCUGGACGCACUGGAGACUUAACCGCGGAUGCUCACGCACACACCCACGUGUGUCACCUCGCACUUGUGCCGCACACUGGCACGUGUGUGAGUAAGCACACUUCACUAAGCACACACACGCACACUAUUCAUUCACCCAUACUUUGCAGCCCCCGCAGAUGCCUACAGUUUCAAUCGCCGAGGAACCUUCGAAGGCCAGAGACCUGCCACUCUUUUGCACAAAAUGCCUGGGGAGGCAAUUUCAGCGGCAAACUUUGUAGCCGUCAAUAAACGCUUCGGGAGGGUGAGAAAGGCACAGGAAGUGUACGCAACUCUCACUAGUAAGGAUGAGCCACACUCCAGGAACAAUCAGAAGUGCAAUAGGUCGUUGUUUGUCUCCCUAUUCACAUGAGCAACGGGGUAGCGCUCAUCUCAAUUGGCAGCCCCCCAGACUAGUGAUGGAAAGUCAACAUUUCCAUGGAGGGUGCCAGUGACGUUGGUACAAAGGACCACUGUUGACGUCCCACAAAGUGGGUGUCGAAAGUGGCUUGCGUCAACUGAAAAGGAAUAAUGGGCCGAGAGAAUUCCCCCCUACCCCCAACCUGAGACGUGAGCUUGCAGCCUUCCCAUUGUGCAUUGUGCUCUGAGCAACGAAUACUACCCAGCUAGAUUCAACAAGCCGUUUCCACAGCUGAAAUUAACAUAGCCUAAAAAUUAUUCCGAGUGUGGAACUCCAUCAUAAACUGCUAAGCCACUCUAGGAGGGGGGGGCGGAAAUGAUGGGGGGAAGCCUUGUAACCUCAUCGGAGGCUCUAUAAAACUAUAGUUAAUCAAUGUGUGCUCCGAAUAAUCAUUAGUGCAAGGAAGCAAUGGGAUGCAAUGUUACUAUUUCAGAAACAGUAAUCAGAAUCGUUUCUAGACGAGAAGCUAUUCGAUGAUCUUAUGCAGCUCACUUUUCACAGAUGUCCAGUAGCUUGCAGAGGAGCACUGAACAUGGCAUUGCGUGCACUUAGAAUGGUGGGGAAAUCAUGUUCUACAGAGGGAGGAAAAGGUUAAUCUGUUCACGUCACAUCCUUCACAACACACAGUUUACUUUAAUUCCUUAUUUAACCAGGUGACAGCACGGUGAGAUGCAUCUAAUUUAGCGAGGGAGACUUGUAUUUGUGUCACAGUGAAAUCGUCUCCCUGGACAAAAAUAACAAUGGAUGGGGGUGGCUCUCAUCUCCAGUGGCGGCACCGAGAAAUUGAUGGAAAUUCCGCUGUUUCCACAGCGAAGGGCCAAACUCCCAUUGGAUGAUUGCUGUUUAAUUUCGGAUGGAUUCUACAGAUGGAGCCAACCGCCAACUUGGGUUUGAACUUGCGAUUGCGAGUUCGCGUAUUCUGACCACGACACCACCUGGCGGCGUAUAACGUAUUUAUAGAGGUGCAUAUAUUUUGUUUACAUUCAAUUGUGGGUACUUUGCAGACUUGGGAAUCGGGCUAUGAUAAACCAGCACACAAUGCGCUUUUCUUUUUCUGAAAGUUAUCGCAGGGUUCUUUUAAAAAGUAUGUUUUAUGGGUACACGGCACUCCCUUCAACUCCACGCAGACAUUGCCUCGCAGCAACAGGAAAUUAAUGUGGCCUCCGCGUAACCUUUUUUGAAGCACGCAUUUGCACUCCAUACUGUACACAUUGCAUCCACGCACAUGUAAAAUAUACCCUCUUAAUUUUAUACCCCUGAUGACACGGUCAAUAAAGUACGUGCACACAAUCAACAUGUACGUGUGGCACGCUUACUAGACGUUAAUGGAUUUAAUGUAUCAAUUUGUUUGCAAAAAUACUGUAUACCAUUGUCAAUAGAUUCCGUGUAUCUUCCACUACCGGAAUCGACACCAGUCUCUUUGUUAUCGGCGUCAUUGCUGCUGCUUUAUAUCAUUUUGUCUUCAUCAUCAUCAAGCACAUUGACACCUUCCAUCACCAUCGCCUCAAGUCGCCAGCGCAUACACAUUCCCCUGCCUGUCUUGGGUGUUGUCGUGGUUGCAAUUAAUAAGUCAGAUGCAAUAAAACAUUAUUCCUUGAA